AUGACAGUCUUCACCAGCGGCUACACCAGCGGCAACUACGAAGCCUUUGCCCGCUCGCGCAAACCGGCGGGCGUCGACGACAAGACCGCCUGGUUUGUCGGUGCCGGCCUGGCCUCCCUCGCCGGUGCGGCAUUCCUCAUCCGUGAUGGCCACAUGGACGGCAAGAAGAUCACUAUUCUCGAGGAGGGCCGCCUCGUCGGCGGUGCCCUGGACGGCAUUGAGGAGCCCGAGCGCGGCUUUGUCAUUCGCGGCGGCCGCGAGCUCGAGGACCACUACGAGUGUCUGUGGGACCUGUUCCGCUCCAUUCCCUCGCUGGAGGUCGAGGACGCCAGUGUCCUGGACGAGUUCUACUGGCUCAACAAGGACGACCCCAACUACUCGCUCUGCCGUGUGACUGAGAAGCAGGGACAGGAUGCUCACACUGGCAAGCUGUUCACCUUGAGUCCCAAGGCUCAAAAGGAGGUGCAGGCUCUGUACCUCACCAACAGGAAGGACGUUGAGAACAAGCGUAUCAACGAGGUGUUCACCGACGAGGUCUUCAAGUCCAACUUUUGGAUCUACUGGCGCACCAUGUUCGCGUUUGAGGAGUGGCAUUCGGCACUGGAGAUGAAGCUGUAUCUCCACCGCUUCAUUCACCACAUCGGUGGUAUGCCCGACUUCACCGCACUCAAGUUCACAAAGUAUAACCAGUACGAGUCGUUUGCGCUUCCUCUGCGCAAGUAUCUCAUCGACCACGGUGUCCAGUUCCAGUUCUCCACCACUGUCACCGACGUCGACUUUGACAUUACCGAGAAGCGCAGGCAGGCGACACGGAUUCACUGGAGCGUGACCGACGGCGAGAAUAAGGUGCCCGGCGGUGUCGACCUUGGACCCAACGACCUCCUGUUCAUGACGAUUGGCUCCUUGACUGAGAACUCUGACAAUGGCGACCACCACACCCCGGCCAAGCUCAACGAGGGUCCCGCCCCUGCCUGGGACCUCUGGCGCCACAUCGCGGCCAAGGACCUCUCUGGCGCAUUUGGCCACCCCAACGUCUUUGGCGCGCACAUUCCGGAGACCAAGUGGGAGGCUGCGACCGUCACCACACUGGACAAGCGUAUUCCCGCCUACAUCCAGAAGAUCUGCAAGCGCGACCCCUUCUCCGGCAAGGUCGUCACGGGCGGUAUCGUCACCGCCAAGGACUCGAAGUGGCUAAUGUCGUGGACCGUCAACCGUCAGCCGCACUUCAAGAAGCAGCCCAAGGACCAGAUCGUGGUCUGGGUCUACUCGCUCUUUGUCGACACACCGGGCGACUACGUCAAGAAGACCAUGUCCGAGUGCACUGGCGAGGAGAUUACGCAGGAGUGGCUGUACCACAUGGGUGUGCCUGUCGAGGAGAUUCCCGAACUGGCCGCGACGGGCGCCAAGACGGUGCCGACCAUGAUGCCCUACGUGACCUCGUUCUUCAUGCCCCGCGAGGCCGGUGACCGUCCAGACGUUAUCCCGGAGGGAUCGGUCAACUUUGCAUUCAUCGGCCAGUUUGCAGAGUCAAAGUCGCGCGACUGCAUCUUCACCACGGAGUACUCUGUUCGCACGGCUAUGGAGAGCACGUACCACCUUCUCGGCAUCGAACGCGGUAUCCCCGAGGUGUUCAACAGCACAUACGAUGUUCGCACUGUCAUUGCCGCAGCGACAUCGCUGCGUGAUGGCCAGCCUCUGCACUUGCCCGGACCAGAGUUUGUCAACAAGUUCAUCUUCCGUGCUCUGGAGGACAAUGUCCUUGGCAGCAUCAUGGCUCAGGAGGGCCUCAUCCCAGACGUGGCCAAGGAGGAGAAGAAGGAGUAA